GGAUCGGCGGCCUCAGGCGGCCCCGCUGCCUCCGGGCGUGAGAGGCGGCGGAGGGGGCUGCGGAGCGCCGGCCCCACCAUGCGGGAGCUGGCGAUCGAGAUCGGCAUACGGGUGCUGCUCUUCGGGGUCUUCGUUUUUACAGAAUUUUUGGAUCCAUUCCAGCGAGUGAUCCAGCCAGAGGAGAUCUGGCUAUACAAAAAUCCCUUGGUGCAAUCAGACAACAUCCCCACACGGCUCAUGUUUGCAAUUUCCUUCCUCACGCCGCUCGCAGUCAUUUUUGUGGUGAAAAUAAUCCGUCGAACAGACAAGACCGAAAUUAAAGAGGCUUUUUUAGCUGUUUCCUUGGCUCUAGCCCUGAAUGGUGUCUGCACAAAUACUAUUAAAUUAAUAGUGGGAAGACCGCGUCCCGAUUUCUUUUACCGCUGCUUUCCAGAUGGAGUAAUGAACUCUGAAAUGCACUGCACAGGUGAUCCAGACCUGGUCUCUGAAGGCAGAAAAAGCUUUCCAAGCAUCCACUCUUCCUUUGCAUUUUCAGGCCUUGGCUUCACCACGUUCUACCUGGCUGGAAAGCUGCACUGCUUCACGGAGAGCGGCCGGGGGAAGAGCUGGAGGCUCUGUGCAGCCAUCCUGCCCCUCUACUGUGCCAUGAUGAUCGCCCUGUCACGGAUGUGUGACUACAAACACCACUGGCAAGAUGCUUUCGUUGGAGGGGUGAUUGGCCUCAUUUUUGCUUAUAUUUGCUACAGACAGCACUACCCUCCUUUGGGCAAUACAGCCUGUCACAAAUCUUAUGUCAGCCUGCUGGAUCAGAACUCAGUGAAGAAAGAAGAGAGACCCACAGCAGACAAUGCCACUGGGCUGCCUCUGGAGGGAAUCACUGAAGGUAUCCUGUGAAAAAUGCAGGCAAAAUAUUCCAGACCACACCCUGGCAUUUGAACAUUUCUUGGCGCAAUCAAGAUAAUGUUGAUCAACGACCACAAUUACGGUGCUUCAGACUGGAGGAGACUGCUGCCAUGAUUAUAAUUUCUGUGUUCCUGUUGGAAUAUGCAUCAGCCUCGUAGACAUUUUGUGAUUCAAACAGCUCAAUGUCUUUAUGUAAGGCUUGCCAUUUAUUUUCCUCAAAGCAAAGCUUUGUAGAUUUAUAUUUUUUUUUUUGAGAAGAGCUGCUUCCUGAUUGGCAACACUUGAAUUUUUAUAAAAAGCAAGUAAAUUAGGGUCCCCUUAAAAAUAAACCUAAUAACUGUGUACAAGAGGAUGCAACCUUGCUGUGUAUAAAUUUAUAUGAUGUUUGGAAAUGGCUAUAAAUAGGAAGUGACAUUAAGGAACAGAAGGUAACAGGAGUGAACCUGGGAGGUUCUGUAGAAAUCAGAAAAAAGCAAAGCUGGUACAUUUUAACUAAGCCAGAGGGAGGAUGCUUCACUUACAGAAUUCUGAGCUCUACAGCAGAGACAGUUGAAUUUAGCUGUGGUUUUCCUGGUGAAUAUACAGUAAUUCACAAUACCAGCAUCAGCAAAGCAAAAUUACUUGGCAUUUGCACUGCAUUUGACAGAACACUCCUGUGGUAUGGUUGAGAUCUUAUUCUAGAAAUCCACAGAGUUCAAUGGAGGUUUAAUCUUACUAUGAAGUUUUUAAACCACCCUACAGAACUCUGUAACAAAUAUAGUUUUGUAUUACUUCAUGUGGGAGGAUUACUGAGAGCCCCAGAGCCAGGGUGAGGCUUAGCCAUCAGCUCUUUCUUUCAGCAGGAACCCUAGUCUUCCAGGUUAUAUGCAAAUGUUAAAGAAAGAAUAAAUCUUCAGUCAAAAUUAGAAGUUUAAUACUGAUGCAUAGAACAUUUUGCAUGUUUUUAUAUAGAUCUGGCUUAUUCUCAGAAUGGAGUGGGGCCUUCUAACUGUGCUGUACACAUUCUCAAUAUUUUAAUGGCUUUGGAUACAGACAGGCUGUCUUUGGGAGGAGGAAAAUCUCUUCCAGCCCUCAAGUGAGUAGUGGCUGCUAAAGGAUUGGAACAUGAAGUGUAAUACAGCAUAAAACCUGAAAUUGCAGGAGUAAUUGGUGAUCUCAGAAAAGCAGUAAAAAGUAACACAUUUUAAUGGGAAUAAUUCAAUUGAGAGUCAUAAAGGAGACAAUGUAAAAGGUUUGAUUAAAAUGUAAUUAAAUUGUGAAAGACUUAAUGGAAUGAAACUUGUGGAGGGAUCUGUGGGUGCCACAAUCAGCAGUGCAAAGUCAGCAUAGGGAAGGCAUUUUUGUGGAUCAAUGUAUUUUACUCUCAUGCUUUCUCAAUGUGAAGGAAAUGUAAUGUUGUAAUGCACCAAUAAAACAACACAUGAAUGUGGGUUUGUA